AUGUCGGCAGCAACAGAUGCCUCGGCUCCCACACCGGUGGCUGUCUCCGACAAGGAUGCCACCGCAGAUGAACUCGCUGCUCCGCCAGAGACCGUACAAAUGACCGAUGAGGAGGAGAUCGGUGCUGCCUCGGACAAGGACCAGAGUGAUUCCGGCAAGCUUAAGACGCUGAUUGGCAUUCUCAAGCGCAUGAUUGGAGUCAAGGACAUUGCCGCUAUCCGUAUUUCGCUCCCCGCCAACUUGCUAGAACCCGUCCCCAACCUCGAAUACUGGAACUACCUCGACCGCGGCGACUUCUUCACCGUCGUUGCCGAUCUCGAUGAUCCUCUCGACCGAAUGCUUGCUGUGCUUCGUUUCACCUUCACCAAGGAACUCAAAUAUGUUAAGGGAAAGAUCUGCAAGCCGUACAACUCCAUCCUCGGAGAGCACUUCCGUUGUCACUGGGACUUUGAGCCCGUCAAGUUCGCUGACUCGCACAUUCUGCCCGUCCAGAGCGUGGCCACCGACACACCCGAGCCACUGCCUCUUGCUGGUAAUGAGGCUCGCAUCCCCACCCUGUCAGCCAAGAAAGGAAGCGCACCUCCUUCUCCCCUCGUACAGCCUCAAGACAAGUCCCGACCCGCCUCUCUUCGAGGAUUCAGCACCGAAGCCACCAACAACACCAGCUCCAAGAAGGGGCUGUCCAAACUGCUCGGCCGCAAGAAGGGCAACUACAGCUCAUCUGACCAGCAAGCCGCUGCCUCCUCUUCUGCAGCCGCAGGAACUGGCGAAGAUUUUGAAGACAGCGUCAACGACAAUGCCUCGAUCUCUGGCUCCAGUACCCGCGCUGCAGGCAAGCGCCGUCUCUGCUUCUUGACCGAACAGGUCAGCCACCACCCACCCAUCUCUUCCUUCUUCUGCGAGGCCAAGGAUGCCGGCAUGCAGCUCUACGGUGUCGACCAGCUGGGAGCCAAGUUCACCGGUACCGCCGUCAAGGUCUUCCCAGGCGAGCAGAACCAGGGUAUCUUCUUGCGACUUACUGAGAACGCCAAAUGCGGCGCUGCAGGCGAAGAGUAUCAGAUCACCCACCCAACUGCAUCCAUCAACGGUCUGCUGCGUGGAAGCUUGUGGGUGGCUAUCUGCGAUAAUCUCUACGUGACAUGUCGGGGCGGCAAGAGGGAUAAGGGCGAGGGCGACGAUGGCACACGACUUCGCGCGAUUGUUGAAUACAAGGACGAAAGCUGGAUCACCAAGGCCAAGUACGCGCUCGAGGGCGUCAUCUAUGCUUACGGACCCAACGAUGACCCUGACGAAUACACAAACGUCAAGCAGGUUCCUACAGACAAGGUUCUGGCUACAUUCGAAGGAUGCUGGAAGGGCAAGAUCACUUACAAGAAGAAGGGCGAAAAGGAGUCGCGCUUGUUGCUCAACGUGCUUGAUCUCGACCCGAUCGCCAAGUCUGUUCGACCUUUGUCAGCACAAGACGAGAUGGAGAGUCGAAGAAUUUGGGAACCUGUCACCAGCGCUAUCCUGUCCAAGAAGUACAGCGAAGCUACCAAGCAUAAGCAAGAUAUCGAACAGAAGCAACGUAAUACUGCCGCAGAGCGUAAGCGUAAGGGCGAAACAUUCGUUCCACGCUUCUUUAACGCUGACAUCUCGGAUGGCCGUCCCAAGUUGACUGAGGAAGGCAGGAAGGCGAUUGACGGAGAGCACAACCUCGCUGGUUACGAUGCUUCGGCAGGGAAUAAGCCGUCAGCUGUUAAAGAUGACGAUAACGAUGAUGACGAGGAUGACUUCCAAGAUGCCCAAAACUGA